AUGGUGUCAGCCGCGGAAGCGACUGUUUCCUCCGACGCAGCAACCUCAGUUUCGGACGGCUCCUUACUUAGCUUCAUCAACAAACGUCUCCGCGCCCUACGCAAGAAAUACAAUCGCAUCCUCCAGAUGGAAGAAUCCCUAUCCCAUUGCAAACCUUUCAACAAAGAACAAGAAGUCCUCCGUUCCAAACCCGCCGUCUCCGCCCUCAUCGAUGAACUCGAGAAGCUUCGACAACCUCUUUCUGCCGCCGUCUUCGAAGAAAUCUCACUUGCCUUACAGCGUCAAACAAAUUCGCUGGAAGAGACAACCUCAGAAGCUCAAUUGGAUAAGACCGAAGCCCAAGAACAACAAUCCAAUGAAUCCGAUCAUGCCAUUGAGGAUCUACUCAAUCUUCUCUAUUUCGGGUUGUUGUUCGAUGUCAAGUCUAAGAAUGAUUUUACCUUGACCAUGUUGACGAGAACCUAA